AUGCAACUCGUUGAAGUUCAUAAGGCACCUCUGAUCAACCACUUGUCGCGCCUUAGGAUCAUCGGUUCCAGUAAUGGCUUGGUUUGUAUUCGACUUCCUGUCUUCUCUGCUGAAUUUAGGAUGUAUAUAGAUUCCUUUUUAGUGUGGAAUCCGGCGACUAGAGAGGACGAACUGGUGCUUAGAACUAUUGAUUUUUUGGGUGAUUGCUAUUUGGGAUUUGGGUUCAGUCCAGUUGUUAAUGAUUACAAGAUAGUUAAGAUUUAUGGUUAUAAGGAAUAUUUUGAUAAUGGGUUUUUAUUUCGGGUUGGUACAAAGAGUUUGAAUGGAGUGGAUGUGUAUGCAUUAAGCACAGGGUUAUGGAAACAAGUAGAAUUUGGGAACUUGGAGGGUUUAAAUUUUUAUGCUGAUGCAGCCACUGUUAGCGGAGCUGUGUUUUGGCUUGGGAUUAAACAGGACGUGGAGGGUGAAGAUGGACAUGGUCGCUGUCACUUUAUAGUUUUGUUUUGA